AUGCUGGGGCCCCCCGUUUUCCGGCUGCACCAUGGGGCCUCGAGGGCCUGGAGCCUGUGUCGUCAGCUGUCGACCCGGCGCCCACAGAAGGGUGGCGCGCAGAUUGUCGUCUCCAGGAUUGGAAAUGGGUCGUCCAUUCUUCGCCUCACCCAUGCUUCACCUGUGCGUUUGCUUCCCAUGGUCAACUCGGCAGUAGAGCGGAGUGGUGUGGCAUGGUGCGCAAUCGGCAGCUUCGGGGGCGGUCUUCUGGCUGGAGAUGAGGUUGACAUGGCAGUAGAAGUUCAACCUCAUGCCGCGCUCACCCUAGUGACCCAGGCUUCCACGAAGGUCUAUCGAACCGACCAAGAUGUCAAAGCAGUUCAGCGAGUUACUGCCACCAUCGCGAAUGGAGGACUCUUGGUGCUUGCCCCAGAUCCUUUGGUCCCGUUCGCAAGUUCGCAGUAUUCUCAAGAGAUGCGCUUCACGCUGAAGUCAGAUGCAAGUGAUGCUACCCACUGUAGCAAAGCAAAUGAAAUGGCAUCCGCUGUCAUUGUGGACUGGCUGGGGGCAGGCAGAACUGCUUCGGGAGAGCGGUGGGCUUUCGACCACUACAGCUCUCGAUUCGAAUUCGUUUGGGAAGGAUGUGGAUCGCGGCUAGUUGAAGCACUGCGCCUGAGCAAAGAUGACUGCAAGUUCUUUGACAAUCCGCUUCAAUCCUUCGAUGCAUUCGUCAACAUUUUUGCGUGUGGAUCGCGUGCUGCACCUGUGGUCAGUAGAAUAAAGAGUGCUGCGCUUCUUCUCGCUGCGAGAACAGGGGCAAGAGUGAGGUCGCCAGCAAGCAGUGCGACAGGCGAUUGCCCGGAUGCAAUCUUGCCGCAGCUGAAGGGCAGAGCGAUCAUGGGGGUUACCACUGAUGAAAAAUCUGGGUGCACGGUGGCACGUCUCAUGGCUGAAAACUCUGAAGACGUCUAUCGCCUUCUUCACUUUUGCAUGGAACCCCUUGCAAGCUGUUUGGGUGCUGAGCCUUAUUCUGACCGGGUGCAUGGUGCGGGACCAUUUGAGAUUGUUCAGACACGUGAGCCCCAGGCUCCAUCCACAAGAUCCCGGAAGCCCAAGCAAGCUGAAGUUUUGGAGCUGAAUCUUCAGCACCAGUUUGCCUUAUGUCAUUUGACUGAUUCUUCACUGCCAGUUGGCGGCUUCGCCCAUUCCGGUGGGAUCGAAGCUGCCUUGCAGCUAGGCCUCCUCAACCGGCGGGAAGGUGAUGUAGAUUCCGUGGACGGACUUCGCAACUUUGUCAAGAUGCUGUCACUCUCAGCGCUACGCUUGCAGGGCCAAUUUCUGAGGAGAGCCUACCAGCUUGAUCGGCGGGGUGAUUCUAAGGAUGUUUGGCAGGAGCUAGAUGCGGAGUUGCAUGCCCAUCUCGCUGGCGGCUUGGCUUGUCGGGCAUCGCUGCUUCAAGGAGCUGGCUUGAGCCGCCUUGGUCGCCGCUGGUGUGAAUUGGACAGGAGCGGGCACUUUGCCAGCGUUUUCGGGCUCCUUUGUGCCAGGCAAGCUGGAUGA